AUUUAAAUAAUUAGAUGUCUAAUCAUCCAUAUAGCAAUGCCCCACCUGCUUAGCCUUUGGCCACCACUUAGGCUCCUAAAUUUGGUCAACCAACCCUCUAACAACCAGUUCCCUAGUAUGCUGUCCCAUUGCAAUAAUCCCCAAUCCGAUAAUCAUAUAUCCAACCAGUUCAAUAUGCCCCUGCUCCUUAACCAGUCUAAUAUGUUCAAUAACCAGUCUAAUAUGUUUAGUAACCAGUCUAAUACGUUUAAUAACCAGUCCCAUAAGUUUAACAUCAAUCAAUCAAAGGAGAAUCAAGAAUUGAAUAUGUUCCUUAUUAAAAGGCUGUUGUAGAAUAUGAAGAAUAAGAAGUGGUUCAAUAUGUCCCAAGAGAAAGAAAAGUGACAGAUUAUUAUGCUGUUGAGUACUAAACCGAAUAUGUCCCUUAAGUGUUUCAAGAGAAAUUCACAGAAUACGUCCCAGUUGACAGAUAUCAAGAGAGAGUAGAGUAUUAUCCAGUCGAAAGACAAGUUGUCCAUCAAUAAGUUUAACCUGUCCAAUAGGUUGUUUAAUAACCAGUUCAAGUAGUCUAACAACCAGUCUAGGUUGUCUAAUAACCAGUUUAUUAAUAACCAGUUUAUCAAUAACCAGUCUAAUAUGUUUAAUAACCUGUUACUUAUGCAUAACCAUUGGUCGCUUCCAGAGUUGUUCCUUAAGGUUUCGCACCCACUUAUGCUCCAUCUUAUGUUUAGUAAUUCUAACCAUAACAAAUCCCUUAAUAACCAAAACCCUAAUAAUAACAAUAACAAUAGGCUCCAAGAUCUAAUGUUGGUCCACAAUGAACGAUAUUAAUAAAAUGAAAAUUUAUGUCAAAGAUUUACCA